AUCAUCCAUUUAUAGGUGGCAGUUCAAAUAAAAAAGUUUUCUUUAUUGAUAACAGUAAUUAUGGAUUAUACGUUGAUACGUUUAAUUCAGAAUUAAACGAAUGGGAAACAAAUAACAGCUACAGAGGAUUACCAAAUGUAAAUCUUUUUCUUACAGAUUUGAAACAACCCUGGAUUGCUAAUGAAACAACUGGCAUCUCAUUCCUUUCAAGAACUUGA